AUGUUCCGCGUCGAACUCCUCCCGGACUCCGGGGCAGCCGCCCAGCCUGGUUGGACCUAUGUGGCCGACCGGGGCUUCGACCCCUCCAAAGCCGCCAUGGCCCCGACACUCGGCCGCAAACGCGGCAUCCGCGAUGCCGGCAAAGGCGGCGACAUCUCUUCGCGACGAGCGAAUGCCAUCGUCCGCCACCUAGCUGAGCUGGACCGUGAAAACCAACGCGACGUACAAAUAUCCAUUCCCGUCAAGCAAGCGAAGGAGGCUGGUUCGCGCGGCACGCGAGCAAAGACAACCUCGAACGUGCGCCGCAUCCUUCAAUCCCAAAAGACAUUCCGAAAUCACCUUGACGAUGAGGAGGCCGCAAUCGCCGCUGGAGGAGGUGGGGUUAGUGCAGCACUGGGCAGUGGCAACAUGGCCGCGGCGACAGCCAAGAGCAGAGCUGCAGCCGUAGCUGUAGCGAGACGAAGUUCAACACCGGCCUCGACGCCGGCAUCGAAGAAGCGCACAGCUGCUACAGUGAAUGCUGCCUCAACACCCACACCGGCGCCCUCCCAAAUCGAAACGACAGACGCCGAAGCCGAGAACGCUGAUGAUGAACCAAAGCCGAAACUCAUCAAGACGGAAUAUGAUAACGAUCCCCUGCUACGCUCAUUCGCACCAACAAUGCCAUCUGAACGAAUCAUGCAGCGGCUCCUUGCCGAACCACCUCUUCCUACAACGCUUCGCGCACGGGACCACCAAUGUCCGCACGGCCACCGCGAGCGUUCUGUUGCAUGUGUGGAUACUGGGGCAAGAUUCGGUGCAAGAGCUGUCAUCUGCGGACGUGUGGACUUGAUUGUUAUCGAGUGCAUGAGGACUCUCGGUGUGGAGCGUUCUUCUAGAGCUGGGACGAAUGCUCGCUUGUAUACUACUGAGACUAGCUUCGGCUUUGUUCUCUUCUUUACGACUGUAUGA